AUGAAGACCCCCCAUCUUCAUGAAAACAAAAUCUCACAGUCAGUCUUAAACAAAAGAAGAUUCUCACGAAUAGAGUUGAAGGCCAAUUUGAUCUGCAAGAAAAUUGACAACCUCAAUAUUAAAGGAGCACUCAGAUUGGUGUCCACACAUGACUCUUUAGCUGAGCCAUCCAUGUCCACCUAUUUAAAGUUAUGUCAAAAACACCCCUUAGCCAACAUCAUCCCUAUUUCUCCUCAACCUCACUCCACUUGCGCUUCUCUUUUUACUUCUGAAGAAGUGAGGGAAGCCAUUCUCUCCUUUCAUCGCGAUUCCGCUCAUGGGCUCGAUGGCAUACGCCCCAUUUUUCUCCAGGACAUCACUUCCCCCUCUACAUGCUCACAAACAUCCGUUCUCCCCAAAUUAACAAACUUCUGCAACAAAAUUUUAAACGGUGAGGUUCCAAAUUUCGUUUCACCUAUCCUCUUUGGUGCCAGGCUAAUUGCACUUCAAAAACCUAAUAAUGAUAUCAGACCCAUUGCUAUGGGUUCUACCUUUCGCCGAUUAGUAGCCAAGAUGAUAUCAUCUCGAAUUAAGCAUGAUGCUUCACGUCUCCUAAGUCCCUUCCAACUUGGUGUAGGAAUCUCUGGUGGCUGUGAAGCUGUUGUACAUUUGUCCAGAUUAUAUCUUGAAAAUUUACCUUCUAAUGAAUCCUUGAUAAAAAUUGACUUCUCUAAUGCUUACAACACACUCUCCCGGAACUCCUUUUUGAGUUCCUCAAGUAAUCUUUUUCCCAGUUACACUAAGUUUUUUUAUUCGUGUUAUCAACAGCCCUCCACUCUUCUGUUUGAUACCUUUAAAAUCCCUUCCGUCGAGGACAUUCAGCAGGGAGACCCCCUAGGUUCCCUAUUCUUUUGUUUAGGUAUUAAUGACAUCAUUAAAUCCAUUAAUUCGGUCUGCUCAUUAUCCUUGCAUUCCUGGUACAUUGAUGAUGGUAUCCUCGGAGGAUCCAAUGUUGAAGUCAAUAAAGCUGUGAACAUCAUCAAGGAGGCCGGAUCAGCUAUAGGACUCUCCAUUAAUCCAGAGAAACCAGAAUUUAUCCCUAUCAAUACAAUCGAACCUAAUACUAACAAAUUCAAACUAACGACUCUUGACGGUCUCUAUCAUCUGGGAGCCCCUGUUGGUGGUAACUCUGCUAUUUCUUUCUUUCUUCAGUCCACUUUAGAUACUUUAUUAGAGCUGGCAGAUUUAUUUUCCCUUCUUCCUUCUCAUAAAGCCUUUUUCCUGGUGAAAUUUUUUUUCAAUAUUCCCCGUAUUCUUUACGCACUUCGCUCAACUGCCAUAUUUAAAUUCCCAAUUCUACUUGGAGUUUAUGAUAAUGGGAUCAAAAUCCUUAUCGAAAACAUUCUAAAUCUUAAAUUCGAUGAAAUUGCUUGGACACAAGCUUCUUUACCCACAAAGAUGGGAGGUCUGGGCCUCAGAUCUCCAUCCGAUCUCACCUUAACGGCCUUUAUAUCCAGUUGCCUACUAACUAAAAACAUAAUAAAUCCCAAAUCUUUAAAACCCAACUCUUCUUUUAAUGAUGUAAUCAUCGAAUGGAGGACACGAAUUUAUGCGGAUCACCCUCUUCCUGAAUCUAAUAAGCAGAAGGACUGGGAUAGGCCUAUUAUUGCACUCUGCGUUGAAUCACUCCUUUCCAGAAUGCAAUUAUCUGACCGUCCCUUAUUCUCUUCUUUGCUUAAUGGUUCAGGCCAUGUUCUCGAGGCCAUUCCGUCUAUUAAUCUACAAUUACAACUAAAUAAAAACGAGCUCACACAUGCAAACGGUAUCCGUUUAAAUUGCCUUAUUACCCAACCCCACAUAUGUUCAGGUUGCGGCUCCACAGUUUUGGGCAAUGGAAGACAUAGUAUUCAUUGUCGCUCAUGUAAAGGUCGAAUUGUAAGACAUAAUCUAUGCAAUUCGAUCAUUCUUAGAGCUCUCAGAUCUGCUCAAAUCCCCUCCACUCUUGAACCAUCCGGUCUUUACAGAUCUGAUGAAAAACGGCCUGACGGUAUUUCGCAAAUUCCUUGGAAGCGCGGUCAAUCCCUGGUCUGGGACUAUUCUUGUAUUGAUCCACUCGCUCCAUCAAAUCAAACAGUCAAUAUACUCGAGAAAAAGGAGACACUCAAAAUAGCGAAAUAUUCCGAAAUCUCUCAAGAAUAUAUUUUCAUCCCCAUUAUUUCCACUACCCUUACCACUUUUGGGUAA